AGCUAAGCCUCCUAUCAUUGGAGGAGCGGGGAGCAGCCCUGGGAUGGGUGGUAACAGGUGGAGGCAGGUGAGCCAGCCCAUGGCUCUCUGGAUUGGCUGCCAUGAGCUCAGUUCCUGGGAGAUACUGUAUAUAUGGACGGCCAAAGCAUCUUCUGAGACACUCAGAAAAUUGCCAGCACCAAAGUAGUGACAUCUUCUCCCUGGGAGAGCUGGGUCUGACUUCUCAUUGGACACAACUUCCAGCUGACAGGGAGCAGAGCCUAACACAGAGACCUCUUGUCUGAAGAUCCCAGCCCAGGGUGUUCAGGACAGAAGCGAUUUCUGUGGUCCAAGCCCGAUGGAGAAUCCAAGGUGCCCAAGGAGGCCCCUGGCGGAGAAGAAAGCCAGGUCUCUGGACAGGCCGCAGGCCCCCGGGAAAGGCUCGGAGUCGUGGGACUGCCAUUGCCUCUCCCUGCCCACUGCCCCCUCCAGGAAGGCGCUUCACUGGACGACCAGUGAUUGGGCCAGACAUUCAGACAGCCCAGCUCCAUCUGCAGAGGCUCACUGCACCACCGCUGCAGCCCCCACUCCCGAGGAGACCGGAGAGUUUCUCCCCAGCGAGCAGAGGCCUUCGCAAGACACCAAGAAGGGGUGGCUGAAGACCAUGCUGAACUUCUUCGUGAGGACGGGCCCUGAGGAGCCCAGAGAAAAGGCCAGCAAGAGGCCAAGGGGGAAGGAGGGUAUCUCCCAGCAUCCGGAGCCCCUGGAAGCAGCAGGGGAGCCAGCCCUCAGGAAGAAAGCCCACCACGACAAGAAGCCCAGCCGCAAGAAGCAAGGUCACAAGAAACACGCGGCCGAGGUGACUAAGGCAGCUCAAGACCAGGAGGCCAGAGGCCAAGAGGAAGGGUUGUCCAAGGCAGCUGCUGCCUUGCGCUCCGGGGAGGCUGACCUGGGCCCAGCUCGCAGGGGUGGGGAAGAUUCUGAUCACCAGUCCUUCCUCAUCGAAGUGGAUGGUACUGGAGCUUUGGAUGUUUCUCCCCAUGCCACAGGUCACCAGCAAGAAGAGGAGCUCAAAAAGCCUGACCAGGAUGCUAUCAUUCAGAUGAUAGUGGAAUUGCUCAAAAGAGUGGGAGACCAGUGGGAAGAAGAGCAAUCUCUGGCCUCACAGCUGGGGGUGGCCCUGCCAAACCCAGCACCAGCUGUUAGGAAGAAAUCCCAAGAGAAAAAGACAAGCCUCAAGAGAACCUCAAAGACAAACCCCAAGAAACACGGCUCCGAGGAGGCCAAGAGGGGGGCUGCAGAUGUUUCCAGUCCAGAGGCCCGGCCACCCAAGAAGUCCAGCUUUCUGCCCCUGUGUGUCGGCGGCCAUCGGCCUUCCAUCUCCAGCAGCUAUGGCUUGGAAGAACCUGAAGUCCAGGAGGCCCCAUCUACAGAGGCUGGGGCUCCAGGUCCCUCCGUGCUUCCCACCCCAUUAGAGAGCCAGGAACCUGGAGAGGAGCUUCCGCUGGACAGAGCCUCGGAAUACAAAGAAUUCAUUCAGAAGAUCAUUUCCAUGCUCCAAGAUGCAGAAGAACAGCAAGGAGAGGAGCAACCUCAAGUCCAGCAGGAAGAGGUGGGUGUAGAAAACCCGGCCCCACACUGCAGAAGGAAAUUUCAAGAAAAAAAGUCAAGCUUCAGGAGAGCGUUUUACCAUAAGAAACACACCUCCAAGGAACCCAGAAGAGCGGGGGCAGCAAGGGCUGCCAGCCCGGAGGCCCGACGACCCAAGAGGCCCAACUUUCUGCCCCUGUGUGUUGGUGGCCAUCGGCCCUCCACCUCCAGCAGCCUUGAUCCAGAAGAUCUCAAGUGCCAGGAGCCCCUGCCCGCAGAAGGGGAGCCAGUUGUGAUCUCAGAAGCACCCUCCCAGGCCAGAGGCCACACGCCAGAAGGGGCACCUCAGCUGAGUGCAGCAUGUGAAUCUAAGGAGAUCAUCAUCCAGAAGCUUGUGGCACUUCUCCAAGAAGUGGAUGGCCAACUGGGGCAGCAGAUCAGGCGCCACCCAAGCUUUAAGAGGUUUUUUUACAAGUUCUCGGACUCCUCCCUCAGCAAGCUGGUAGCCACCCUGCACAGCCAGGUGGCUCACUCCUCUAAGCUGGACAAGAACCGCGCCAGGAGACUCUACCAGUUUGACGUUAGCUUAGCUAACAAAUUUGCUGGCAACAACAGCCACGCCAUGUGCAUCCUCAUGGGCCUAAGAGACCACUACAAUUGCACCCAGUUCCCAUACAGGGAGGACCAGCCGAACAUCACAAGUCCUGAGGUUGAAAGUCCAGAUUGAAAGCUGUGUCUUGCACUCAAAUUCCCUUGAACUAGCCAAACGGUUCGCAGCUUUAGCCAGGAGACCCUGAAGAUGCUCUGUGAUGUCCCAAUCCCUGCUUCACAAACGUGAUGGAAGACAAGAGCAGACAACCAUUCUGUGUCCAUACCCUAGUAUCUGAGAAGCACAAAGCAUUCUUCCACAAGGCAAGACACAGAGGCCAUGUCUGGGGAAAUCAGCACUGGACUGGGAAUGAGGAAGACUGGGGCUGUACCUGCUGAACCUACCCCAAACUUGCUGCAUGACCCUCUACACAUUCCCCCUCCUCUCCAGACUUUGGAGUCUAGGAUCCCACCCAGAAGGUCUGCUGAUAUUUUCUCAGAUGUUCAUUUUAACUGAGUCUAGUUUUUAAACUAAAUUUUUAUUUAAUCUCUAAACAGAACAUCCACAUGCAUCCAAACAGAUGUACAUCGAAGUGUAUCCCAUCAUUUCUUCAGUUGACCAGUAGUUCUUCAUGCUCAUAUGGAUUUGUAGAUGCCUCCCAGGAACUCUGCAGGCCCAGGAUGGAAAGACCUAGAGAAUGGGGACACUUGGUCUCUCAGAAUCCUUCUAACCCUGUGUCCUGUCAUUCUAUGACUAGAGAAAUGGAGCUGAUACCUUGCACCUCUCCCAUCUCAUGGGAUUGGCUAGGAGUCAGUGAGAAAAUGGAUGUGAAGAGUUCUGAAAAUUACCUAGUGCCAUGUCCACGUAGGCACUAUAGCUUCUUUUGGGUAGUUUUCAGGAAGUGGAGGAGGGCUUCAAUGGGCUGGACUGCCAUGGAUUGUUGCACAGGGGUGCACUGCUCAAGAGCACCAUACUCCAGGAGGUACUAUUCAUGUCCUAGACAUUGUGGAUUUGUAGAUUUAUCAUGACAGUUUUGCAGCUGGUAGCAGUAACAUGUCUUGAGAAAAGGGCUGUUUUUUUGUAUUUGCACAAAGGUGAAGUGUGGGGGUGCCAGAGGCUCUGCCUUCUGUAUAGCUCAACAGUUUCAAUAGCUUGACUCAGAUGUGAAAUUUGCCACAUGUUCAUAUCUAUGUGGAGGAAGGACAAGACUGUAGACAGACAGUCGGCUCCCUUGGACACUGCCCGGAACAUGUGGUCAUGGGGGAAAGGGUGUUAAACCUGGAUGGCAAGUGAGAUCUUGUGACCCUUGGGGACAUGGUAUUGCCAUGUUGAACCUGCUGUCGCACCAUGGGGUAGGACUGGGGAGGAGGAGCAGUCUAGAGCGGAGAGGCCCUGGGUGCUUAUAUGGGACUGGCCUCCAACCUGAGGCACUGGCUUCAUAAGCUCAACUCAGCCUAUCCAGAAAGCCAUUUAGUUUUUAUUGCUGCUUCUGAGAAGUGGGGGAGAGGUGAGCUAUUUGUGGAUUUGUUUUAGGCAGUGUUCACAAUCAUAGCACCUAAAUAUGAAGGAUCAGAAUAAGUUAUGAAAUGAAGGUCAGGAACCUUUUGUACAUAGUUUCUUAUUUGGAAUGAUGUUCUUUAAGCCCUAUGAGUAUUUGGUAUGUGCUCCUGAUGCUGGCAUCUGAGUCUCGUUUUUGUACCGUGUUAUUUGAGCAAAUAAAUACAUUAACUUGCAC